AAGCCUCUUUAGUCCCACCUCAUACAAGUUGACAAUCACCAUUUAUAAACUCUCUUUAGAUCCAUUUUCACUCUACACAAGAAAGUUGAAAAUAUGAAUCAACUCAAUUCCCAUAGAAUAUCAUUCUUGAGUAGGAGCAUAAAAGCUCAAAACUAUCUAAUUAAGCUUACACCAUUUUUAGUUUCAUUAUCUUUAAUUACUUUCAUUGUAUCUCCUUCUUCCUUAAUUUCUUUCCUCCAUCAUUUCAACUUCUACUUCUCUACAUUCUCUCUCCAACUAUUCACUCACACCAUAGACAAAAAUUGCAUGUUCCUCAUAUGCAAUGGUCUCCUUGUUUUUGUUGGAAUUACAAGAUCUUUAUCUUGGUCUAGUAGUAUUGAUGAAUCUUCCAACUAUGUUAAAGAACCAAUGUUGGUGGUGAAGGAUAAAACCAAUGAGCCUAAUAAUGAAGAGAAUAUUGAAGAUGAGUACACAAUGGAAAUCAAAUACUCCAGUGAAAAAGCAGAAGAAGGUGUUGAAGAAGAAAAAAGAAGUAGCAUAUUAGUUUUGGAUCAAGAGGAGGGGGUAGAAGAAGAAAGUAGGCUAUUUGGUGAAAGAAAUGAAGAGGAAGACAAGAAAUCAGAAAUAGUUAAAAGAGUUGAAAAUGAAGAAGUUCUAGAAGAAGCAAAUUUGGUGCUAAGCACUGAGGAGUUGAACAAAAAAUUUGAUGACUUCAUUAAAAAGAUGAAGAAAGAUUUGAGGAUUGAAGCUCAAAAAUAAUUAGUUAAGGUUUGAUUAGCAACUAUCAUCAUGUUUCUUAUUUUAGUUUUUUUUUUUCUUUCUCUUUAGGACCUUUUACAAAAUGUAUUUUCAAUACAAUCCAAUAUUAGAUCUUAGAUAUGUGAUAAUAUAUACUCUUUUUUUUUUCUUCAUACAUCUUUCGCUAGAUGUAAUCCUAUUUGAGAAUCUGUCUAAAUUAAAUAUGGACACCUCUCACAAUUAUAAACUUUGUUCGUAAUGUUGUGAAAGUCAAGCCCAAUAUGCAAGGCUCAAGCACAGUUGUUAUCUAUACACCCUUUAUUUUAUCAGUUGUUUCACUUUUGUACUCUUUAAAGAAAUGAAAAAAUUAACUUCUUCCA